AAAGACAAAGACAAAGACAAAAUAGAGACUUUUAAUUUCGAAAUUGAUGGAGAAAUUUUUGCCAAAUCGUUUAAAUCGGAUGUGAAACUUGAAGAUGUGCGAAAAAAGUUGGCAGAAAGACGAGAUAACUGGAAAGCAGAAAAAUUUCUGUUUAAUCAAGAUAAAAGACGAAUAUAUCAUGAGGAUGAAUCCGAUUAUACGUUAAAUAAACUUCGUAAAUCAAACAUAAUUUUUAUUGAGAAUCUAUUAAAGGAAAUUAAAGUUCAUGUUAACGGUGAAAAAUUAACGCUCUCACUAGACCCUGAAGAUAAAUUAAAUGAUAUUCGUACAAUACUUAUUGAAGAAGGUAAACUUGAAAAAGUAUUCAUUAAUGAUAUUAAUGAUGGAGUAAAUGAAAAUAAUAAAGAUUUCAAGUUCAGAUGGGAGAACGGAAAAUCCGUUAGCGAAUCUGAAGUUUAUAAUAACAGUUUGAAAGAAAUUUUAAUAAAUAAUAAUAAGUUGUACAUUGUCAUCCUACAAAAAGGCAAGGUCAUGAUUUACAGUGGUCACAGUGAGACUCCUAACAAACCACAUAGGCAUAAUUUAGAUAAAGGAAAAAGUCUUACUGAAAUUCGUGAAGAACUCGAAAAUACAUUGAUAGAACAAAGUCAUCUUUAUAUGUGUUCAAAUUGCUGUUUUCUAGACCAAGACAAAGCUCGUAUUUCUAAAUCCGAAGAAAAUAAUUUAAGACUAGGUGAAAUUUUAUCAAUUAAUGAAGAUGGUAAUGAUGUUCUAAAUAUUAUUCGUGAUACUUGUCAAAAACAUGAGCACGAUUUAAUCAAUCUGAUUGAUAAGUGCGGAUAUGGAUUUGUUAUUAAGAAUGGUUCGGUAGAACAGGCCGUACGUCGUGCAUUUAAAAUCGUAAAUACACCAAAAUAUCGAUUUUUAGAUGAUGGAUAUGAAGAAAACUCAUUCGAAUGUAAAAAUGAAUUUAGUGAUCUAUGUGAAAGAAAUUUUAUUACGUUUGGAAAUGUCAAUACCUCUAUCUUGCCGUGGGUUUCAGUUUUUUUUGGAGUUGAUUACAAAUCCUCACUUAAAAAAUUAAAAAAUCAUAGAAAUGCCAUGAAAUAUUCAUAUGUAAAGUUGAGGAAGGCGUAUAUAAACAUUGCAAAAAAUAACAUUACUGCAACUACUGAGUUUAUUGAUGAAGUUAAAAAAGCAUUAGAGGAAGAAACUCGGGAUAAAAAAGUAGAAAAACUUAAAAAAAUUGCAAAAGAUUACGGCUACUUUUAUGCAAGUUCUGUUUACUUUGGAGGUGUUAUCGUUGAAAGGCUAGAAGACGUAAAGCAUUCAGACAAAUACGAAAAAUCUAAAGAAUUGGAUAUAACAGCUAAUAGUAAGCUAAAAGUUGAAGCCAAUACUGGUGCUACCUUGAAAAGAACAAAAGGGAAAGAAAAAGUGAUAGAUACCACUAACUUUAAUCGCACUGUAAAGGGAGGAGACGAUUCUAAAUUUAAACCAGAAGACCGCUCCGAAUGGAUCAAUUCAAUUAAAAAUUCUGAGGAUUGGAAACUAAUUGAAUAUCACGAAAUCUACUCUAUUUUUAGCUUAUUAGAAGAAAAAUUGCAAAAAGACGUUAUAGAAGCUUUGGGAAAAAGAAUUUUGAAAGUGAAAGUCGAAUCUAUUCAAUUCUCAAGCAAAAAUAAUCAAUAUGUAUAUGAAUUAAGCAAUAAAUUAGAUUGUAUCCAUAAAAAUCGUAUAAAAGAUUGUCAUAUAUUCACUACAGUUUUGAAAAAAAACAAAGAUAGGCAUAUAUUUUCUUCAUGUGUAUCUUACGAUGGUCGUCCAGACAAACCAAAAAUCAUUAUUACUCGUGUUCCUAGUAAAAAAAAGCCUACCAUUGGAAAAGAAUUUGUUAUCCAAAUUGGAUGGAUGGUAAUAGGAUAUCCGACUGAUACUUUCGACUUCGAAUUAUCGCAUCAAGUUGUAAUAGAGAGUGAAAAGUACAAAUUAAAUGAUCAAUAUAUUGUUGAAAAUAUAUCCUAUCAAAAUAACUUGGAAUCCAUGAAUAAAUAUGCAUUAACUACAUGUGUUUUAGACCAUAUUGAAACAACAUCUUUACAAGAAGAAACAAAAUUUUUACAAGAAACACCUUCAUUGGAAUCUUCACAAGAGAUAACUUUUUUGCAUGAAGAGACAACUUCUUCACAAGAGACUUCAUUGAAAGAAGAGACAAUAUCUUCACAAGAGAUAACUUCUUUGCAUGAAGAGACAACUUCUUCACAAGAAGAACCUUCAACGCAAUCGUCAAAGAAUAAUAUAUAUGAUUCAAAAUUAGUAGUUGGGUCUCAUAUUUUCUAUCCAUCGGAUGCUGCGUGUUUAUUUGCUUAUUGUUCUGAAAUGUAUAAAACACGAUUAGACAGCAAUCAACAACCACUGCUUCGAUUCUUAAAAUUAUUUAUUUGCACUAUUUACAUUAAGCAAGAUUUCGCUGUCAAAGACUUUAAACAGAAAAAAGUCAAAUGGAAUAAUAAAAGUCCAACAAAAAAAUCAAGUGUCUGGCACUCGAAAAUAGAUAUGAAGAAUAUUAACAAGAGCCUGAUUGAUAAGGCUCUUAUCUUUAUAGAUAAAGCUUAUAAUAAGUGUCUAACGAAAAAAUCGACUAUCCAAUGCUCAAAAACAGAUAAAUAUAAUGUUAACAAGGAUCCUAUAUUUAUAAAUCAACUUUUUAGCGAUACAUAUCCUAAUAAUAGUGAUUGUCAUGGAAUAAUUAAUGUUUCUCCCGAACAUUUUCAGCUUAGAAUAUUAAAUAAUAAGUUUGCAACAAAAAAGCCUGAAAUUUCUUAUUUCCGUAUUCCUCAAGAAAUGAAUGUAUUUUACUCAUAG